CUCAGGUUAUUUAUGAACUUGUUAGUUUAUGGAAAGGAGUUCACAUAAUUAAUGGGCAUCCUCACCACCUCCAAUCGCAAGGACUAGUCGAAAAUGCUAACAAGACUUUAAAAAACACACUUUCUACAUGGAUGGAGGAUAACCAACAAAGAGAUUGGAGUGUCGGUCUUCCCAUAGUUACAUAUGCUAUGAACAUUCAUCAUUCCAGGCCUACUAAGUAUACUCCAUACGAAUUAGUUUUUGGUCAACAUCCAUUAUGA